CUUUACUUCCACAGUGCUGUGCAUUGCUGCAGGAAAGCCGCCUCUUUUCUCUUGCUUCUGAGACCUCCUUUUGGACCUAAACAUUGCAACAGGAAUAAGCACCCAUCUGCACGGGGAUGUUGGACUCAGUCACUCACAGCACCUUUCUGCCAAACACAAUGAUCUGCGAGCCCCUGAUGUCUUGGACAGAAUUGUUUGGGACAACUGAGGACUAUUAUCCCUCCUUUGAUCAUCAGACAGUUGGCGAUUCUUGCUGGACAUCUAUUCACCCAGAAUACUGGAGUAAACACAAUGUCUGUGAGUGGCUGCAGUUCUGCUGUGACCAAUACAAGCUAGACGCCAACUGCAUCUCCUUUUCCCACUUUAAUAUUACUGGCUUGCAGCUGUGCAGCAUGACCCAGGAGGAGUUCACAGAUGCUGCCGGCGUUUGUGGCGAAUACCUUUAUUUCAUUUUACAGAACAUCAAGAUACAUGGCAUUUCCUUUUUUACUGACACCGAAGAAACCAAGCCAACUAUCAAAGACUACAAUGAUAAGGCAUGCCUGAGAACAGGGGGCUCCAAGAGUCAAGAAUGUCACAGCCACGGGAGAACAAGCCUGCAGAGUUCUCACUUGUGGGAAUUUGUAAGAGACCUCCUCCUGUCUCCAGAAGAAAACUGUGGCAUUCUCGAUUGGGAGGAUAGAGAACAAGGCAUCUUUCGGGUUGUUAAGUCAGAAGCCCUGGCAAAGAUGUGGGGACAAAGAAAGCGAAAUGACAGAAUGACAUAUGAAAAACUGAGCAGAGCUCUCCGGUAUUAUUAUAAAACUGGAAUUUUGGAACGCAUAGACAGAAGGCUAGUGUACAAGUUUGGAAAGAACGCCCAUGGGUGGCAGGAGAACAAGCUAUGAACUAACAGUCCCAUGCAUCAGACUGAUUAUGCACUCUGCAACAGGAAGUGUCUGACUGCAAUAGACAUUUGAGAGAAGGAUUUUUUUCUCCUGCAUCUCUCCUCUACGCCAGUCUGGAGCUGACAACUGUUUCUGAGAGACUGGCCAGAACAACUCAUGACAGCACAUGAAUGGGGUGGCUCUUCCCCAUUAUCAGGGCUGGCUCUAACUUUUUUGCCGCCCCAAGCAAAAAAAAAAAGAGC